AGUGGCGCACGCUCUGCUACACGGGGUGUGAUGUCUGGUGCUGAUGUUGCAGCUGUGGCUGAGACUGCAGCCGCAGCAGCCCGCCUCCGCGGCGCGCAACGUGUCUUCUGUGUGCGUCAGGGAUGAGGUGCGCCUCUGAGACCCCGACGUGCGAGUCACAGAAAGAGGCACGUGUAGUGGGUGGUCCCCGGCACAUGGCUUUCACGUGGCUCCAGCAAACACAGAGCCCCCUCUCCAGCUGCCACAACGUCAGUCCGGUGCGGCAACAGCAGCAGCAGCAGCAGCAGCACUACCAUGGCUGUGGAGAUGGAGCCCACAGAUGUGAUCCGCCUCAUAAUGCAGUACCUGAAGGAGAACAACCUCUACCGCACUCUCAGCACCUUGCAAGAAGAAACCACCGUCUCUCUCAACACAGUGGAAAGCUUUGAGAGCUUCAUCGCAGACAUCAACAGGGGUCACUGGGACUCCGUCUUGCUGGCCAUCGAGUCCCUCAAGCUGCCUGACAACAUUCUCACCGACCUCUACGAGCAGGUGGUGAUGGAGCUGAUAGAAAUGAGAGAGCUGGGAGCCGCUCGGGCUCUCCUCAGACAGACCGAUCCCAUGAUCAUGCUGAAGCAGACCCAGCCUGAGAGGUUCUCACACCUGGAGAAGCUGCUAACUCAGCCUUACUUUGACCCUCGGGAGGCGUACCCUAAAGGCAGCAGCAAGGAGAAGCGGCGCAGAGCUUUGGCUGAAGCUCUCAUGAGGGAGGUCUGCGUGGUCCCACCCUCCCGCCUCAUCGGCCUUCUGGAACAAGUCACUUACAUAACACGGCAGCAGAGUCCGGCGCGUAUCUCUGCGGACAUGAUCGUUGACUCUUCAGGGAAGAAGGAGCAGCAUGUGGAGAAAGACAGCUUUCCGACCCAGCUGUACAGACAUGUAAAGUUUGGACGCCGCUCACACGUGAGAUGUGCCCGCUUCUCACCUGACGGACGGUACUUAGUAACAGGAUCAGUGGAUGGGUUUAUUGAGGUCUGGAAUUUCAACACGGGAAAAAUUAGCAAGGACCUGAAGUAUCAGGCCCAGGACAGCUUCAUGAUGAUGGAUGACGCCGUGCUUUGCAUGUGCUUCAGUCAGGAUACAGACAUGCUUGCCACUGGAGCUCAGAACGGCAAAAUAAAGGUGUGGAAAAUCCAAAGUGGACUGUGCCUGCGUAGGUUUGAGCACGCUCACAACAAAGGCGUGACUUGUCUGAGCUUCUCCAAGGACAGCAGUCAGAUCUUCAGCGGUUCCUUUGACCAGACCCUCAGAAUUCAUGAACUGAGGUCCGGGAAGACACUAAAGGAAUUAAGCGGCCAUUCAUCAUUUGUAAAUGACGCAGCCUUCCUCAGAGAUGGAUCUCACAUCAUCAGCGCUUCAUCUGAUGGCAGCGUGAAGAUUUGGAACACAAAGUCCCGUGAAUGCAUUAAUCAUCUGUCAGCAAAGCCAGGUGUUCCCGUGAACAAUGUGAUUCCUCUGCCCCAAAAUCCAGAGCACUUUGUGGUUUGCAGCCAGUCCAGCACAGUGGCUGUCAUGAACAUGCUGGGUCAGACUGUGAAGACCUUCACUCCAGACCGACCAGAGACGACAGUAAAGUUUGUGUGUUGCACCGCGUCACCCCGGGGAGAGUGGAUCUACUGUGUAGGCGAGGACUGUGUGCUGUACUGCUUCAAGUACUCAACAGGAAGGCUGGAGAAAACGCUGACUGUUCACGAGAAAGAUGUCAUCGGCGUCGCUCACCACCCACACGAGAACCUGCUGGCCACCUACAGCGAGGACGGCCUGCUGAGGCUAUGGAAACCUUAAGGAUGAGAGGCAGGAGCUUAUGGCAGCUGCAUCUGUUCAAAAGAAUGUUUUUACAUGGGAUUUUUCAGAACGAGGUAUCAACAAAAACAACAACAAACUGUUUCAGAGGUAACUUUGAGCAUCACCUAAUCUGUAGCCAUAAUCCCAUCAAACCAUGUCUGAUGGUAAUGUACAGACAUUUACCUUUGAUAUCUUUUGUCUCUCUUUUUUAUCCAAUGAAAGACCAUAAAUGUGAUCAUUGAACCGUUUUUGGUUUAUAUAAAAAUAUAUUUUAAGGAUACAGUUUUGAGUGGUGUAACAGUCUUCCCUGUUUUAUCCAGUCUUCCAUAUGCAUCCGAUCUCAGUGGUGCCAUUUCUAUCCUCCAAUUCAUCUUUUUUUUUCAACAGACAUAUUUAAAUUAUUACCAACAUUGGAUUUAUAACUGCUGGUUCAACUCUCUUUAUAAGAUUACAGAUUUUUAAGUGUUCUCUGCAUGUUAUUUCAAUAUCCUAAAUGCUGAAGUAUAUAAUUUGUAAUAUAUGCAUGAAGAUGAAACUUCCAGUGACUAUUUUUUGUGUAUUCAUAAGUGUGAUUUGUUCCGUCAUUUUAUACACAUUGGUGUUUUUAGUGGAUUAAUAUGCCUGCAGAUGAAAAACUAUCCUGUGUAAACAUUUAGUAUUGCACUAUCUGGUGUUAGAGUAUAUGCCAAAGCAGAAUAAAUGUUCACUAUAGUCUGUAAUCUGUCCGAAUUAAAAUUAUGAAGAAAAAUG